AACGCUGUAUGUAGUAAUUGAGGAAGAGCUGAAAAAACGAUCGUCAAGUCAAGUUGUGAACAAUCAGCGUAGGAUCACUUGCAGCUAAUUAUUUUCAAUUUAACGUGCAAUCAUGUCCAGUCAACGUGGCCAAAGUAGUCAUGGGUCUAAAGCACCUAUUGAUCUGGAUCAAAUUUGGUCGGACCUCUUACAAGGCAUUGAAAAAGUUUAUAACAAACAGGCGAUGUCUAAAAAGCAAUAUAUGGACCUUUACACGCAUGUAUAUGAUUAUUGUACCAACGUAAAUAAUCAGGGGGGUAGAGGAAAUUCAGUUUCUAUCCCAUCUGCAGCUACCAGUAAAGCCAAAAAGAGUCAGGCUUCUGGUGGAGCUCAAUUUGUGGGCCAUGAGCUGUAUAAGAGAUUAAAAGACUACCUCAAGUCUCACUUAAUCAAUGUUCUUAAGAAUGGAGUUGACUACAUGGAUGAGCCUGUUCUCAAGUUUUAUACACAGCAAUGGGAGGAGUAUCAGUUUAGUUCAAAGGUUUUAAAUGGAGUUUGUGCCUAUUUGAACCGACACUGGGUGAAGCGAGAAUGUGAAGAAGGACAGAAAGGAAUUUACGAAAUUUAUCAGUUGGCACUUGUGACAUGGAGAGAGAAUUUGUUUCGUCAUCUUCACAAACAGGUUACGAAUGCUGUGCUGAAACUAAUUGAACGAGAACGAAACGGUGAACCUAUUAAUACCCGUUUAGUUAGUGGUGUGAUGAACUGCUACGUUGAACUUGGUUUGAACGAAGAGGAUCAGACGGCAAAGGGGCAGAAUUUAUCUGUGUAUAAAGAUUCAUUCGAGAAUUCAUUCUUAGAGGAUACAGAGCGCUUCUAUACCCGGGAAAGCGCUGAAUUUCUACGGCACAACCCAGUGACUGAGUACAUGAAACGUGCCGAACAGCGGUUAGCUGAGGAGCAAAAACGAGUGCAGACUUAUUUGCAUGAAGCCACCCUUGACAAGCUGAGCAAAACUUGUGAAAAAGUCCUUAUAGAAAAACAUUUAGAGAUCUUUCAGGCGGAAUUUCAACACCUCCUUGCAGACGACAAGCAUGAUGAUCUCGGAAGAAUGUACCAGUUGGUCUCACGCAUAUCAGAUGGAUUAACAGAAUUGCGAACACUUCUUGAAGAUCACAUAACCCAGCAAGGUUUGUCUGCCAUCGAACGCGAAGGAGAAGCCGCCCACAAUGAUCCUAAGGUUUAUGUUACUACCAUUCUGGAUGUCCACCGCAAAUAUAACGCCCUCGUUAUGUCGGCGUUCCAUAAUGAUGCCGGAUUUGUGGCUGCAUUGGACAAAGCUUGCGGAAAGUUCAUCAAUAGCAAUGCCGUGACAAAGGCCGCCAACUCCUCGUCGAAAUCGCCAGAACUACUGGCCAAAUACUGUGAUCUUUUGCUGAAAAAGAGCGCGAAAAAUCCCGAAGAGGCCGAGUUAGAGGAUACGCUAAAUCAAGUGAUGGUGGUCUUCAAGUAUAUUGAAGACAAAGACGUAUUCCAAAGGUUCUACUCCAAAAUGCUGGCUAAGCGUUUGGUGCAGCAUAUGUCGGCUUCAGACGACGCUGAAGCAUCAAUGAUCUCCAAGUUAAAGCAAGCCUGUGGCUUCGAGUAUACUUCGAAGCUUCAGCGUAUGUUUCAAGACAUUGGAGUCAGUAAAGAUCUCAACGAACAAUUUAAGCGACAUCUGGCCAACUCUGCUGAACCACUCGACAUCGAUUUCAGUAUUCAGGUCCUGUCAUCUGGUUCUUGGCCGUUUCAGCAAUCAGUCAAUUUUUCUCUUCCAUCCGAACUCGAGCGCUCCGUCCAACGUUUUACUACUUUUUACAGCAGCCAGCACAGUGGGCGCAAACUGCACUGGCUCUAUCAAAUGUCUAAAGGCGAAUUAGUCACCAACUGUUUCAAAAAUAGAUACACACUUCAGGCAUCAACUUUACAAAUGGCUGUACUUUUGCAAUACAAUGUUUCAACAUCUUGGACAGCCAAUCAGUUAAGUGAUGCAACUGGAAUCAAAAUGGAUUUACUACUGCAGGUGGCGCAGAUUCUCUUAAAAUCGAAGCUCUUGUCGUCCGAAGAUGACGAAAAUGAUUUGCAACAAACUUCUCAGCUCUCUCUCUUUGUUGGAUACAAAAACAAAAAGUUGCGUGUUAACAUCAACAUUCCAAUGAAGGCUGAAUUGAAACAAGAGCAAGAAGCCACGCAAAGGCAUUUAGAAGAGGAUCGAAAGCUACUGAUCCAAGCGGCAAUUGUACGCAUCAUGAAGAUGCGCAAAGUACUUAAACAUCAACAGUUACUGGCUGAGGUCCUUAAUCAGCUAUCGUCUCGUUUCAAGCCAAGAGUGCACAUAAUUAAGAAAUGUAUUGACAUUCUGAUCGAAAAGGAAUAUUUGGAGAGAACCGAAGGACAGAAGGAUACUUAUUCCUAUCUCGCAUGACUUCUCAGUCCUGUGAGCUUUUCCUUAACUUUUGCCAUUUUUUGCGUGUUACUUAUACACUAGAAAAAUGGAAGUAGAGGAGAGAGACAGAGUUUUCACGGUUGUUGCCGCUGGUCAACAGCGAUUUUUGUACAAAGGAUAAGAACCGUGACCAAUUCUAGGAACAAAAGACGCUCACAGAGUUGAUCAUAUGACUCUUGUUUAGCAUACCCAUUUCUGUCUUGACUCCCCAUCUUAUAUUUACUUCUUUUUCUCGUUUUCUGUUCUACUGCACUUUAAAAUUCGGCAUUUUUUUUUUCUCUCAGCUGCUCAUCUUGUCCAUCUGGCUAAAAACUCUCUUUGUAUAUAUAUAUACUCCGAUCUGAGCGAUAGAAAGAGAAGAGACCCUAUGGGAAGCGGAAUUGUUGCCUUUGCUGAUGGGGUCUCCUGUCAAAAGGCUGUGCUGUACUAAAUGAUUGAAACCUUGUGAAGCUGCCGCAACACUUUUCUUUCUUUCUUCCGCAAUGAAUGAUAAGUGUGUUUCGAGUCCAGAGGUACAUACUUUUAUCGCUCUCCGGAGGUUAUCAUUUUUUCGAUUGUUAGUGGGUGCGAAUGGGUCUAUGUGUGAAGUCCUGCUAAUUAUCACAAAUAAAAAUGAAGUUAUUUCAUACUGGAAUUUC